ACAUUACGGGCGGAAGUAAAGGCUGGGAAUGAGGAAGUACCCAGGAUGCAGUUCGGUGGGGAUUUCCAGGUGACGCGCUUAUUGCUGAGUUGGAAGGAGCCGUAAGAUGUCUCUGCUGGGGGACAUUACGGACAUGGAGGCCCAUCUCUUGGAUUUCCUGCUGGAGGGCCCCUUUCCUAGUGAGAAGAAUUGGGGGGCAGACCUGGCUGGGGCCCCUGAAUGCUGCACCCUGGAGCCUGAGAUGCUGAGUGACCCGACGGUGGAUGAUUUCCUGAGUGAGCUCCUCGGGGGGUGUGACGAGUCCAACCUGAGCAGCUCCCCUCCCCUGAGUGACAGCGGAAUCUCUGACAUUGCCUUCCCCUCACCCGCUGCCUGCGAUGUGCCACCGGGGGCCUGGGACCACUCUCCCCCCUGCAGCCCAGACGUUAUACAGAGCGAGCACAACUACUCCCUGCAGCAGGACAAUGGGGGGGUCUUCCUGCAGAGUGUGCGCUCCGAGAUCUGCGAGGGGGACAUAUUCAUCGACCUUGACUUCUGUUCUGACUCAGAGCCACGGACACUGGGUAUGGAGGAGGAGGAGGAGGAAGAGCAGGAGAAUGAAGAGGAAGGCACUCAGUACCAGGGGCAGCCGGGUCUCCGGCUGACUGAGGAAGAGUCCCGCCUACUUGGAAAGGAAGGAAUCAUUUUACCCCAGCACCUGCCCCUCACUAAGGCGGAGGAGCGGGCGCUGAAACGCGUGCGCAGGAAGAUCCGCAACAAGCGCUCCGCUCAGGAGAGUCGCAAGAAGAAGAAGGAGUACGUGGAUGGGCUGGAGAGCAGGGUCACCGCCUGCACCACCCAAAACCAGGUUCUACAGAAUCAGGUCCAGCAGCUGCAGAAACAGAACCGGUCUCUGCUGCAGCAGCUUCGCAACCUCCAGGCUUUGCUGAGACAGACAGGAGUCAAGACUACAGCAUCCAGCACUUGUGUCAUGGUUCUGGUUCUGUCCUUCUGCCUCAUUCUCUUCCCCAGUUUGUACCCAUUUGGCAAAGGAGCCCCCCAGGACAGCCGGCACGUAGUCAUUUCCCGCCAGUUGCGAGAGCUCCCCACAGAGUCGGCCUUCCCUCCGCUUCCAGAUCUGGGGGCUCAGCAGAACCCGCGUGUCGACAUCGCCCCCCAGGAGAAACCACAGGAGAACCUGCUGGACCUGUCCCUGAAGGACCUGCACCUGGAUCCGGUUCUGCAGGGGGCCCAGAAUGACACCCCAGAGGUGCAGGACGUGGGCACGGCGGAGUCCAAACCCACCGGCACCAGUAACUCUUCCUUUGACCUCCCUGAGAGAGAGAGUGAGCCUGGCAUGGAGAUACCAACUGGCUCCAACGCUGCCCCAGAUGCCCCCCAUGCCCGCUACGUCAUGCAGGAGAAGCACGAUUGGCUGGAGAGGACUCGCAGUGUGGUUAUCAGCCCCCUGCACUCGGAUGAGAUGUAACACCGGCUGCCCGGGCAGUGCUGCUGGGUCAUGGUGCCCCCCCAUUAUGUGCUGAGGGGUACGGCACUACCUGCCCAACCUAUUGUGCUAUCACUGGUGUAUUGUGCCCCCCCCAUUAUGUGCUGAGGGGUAUGGCACUACCUGCCCAUCCCAUUGUGCUAUCACUGGUGUAUUGUGCCCCCCCAUUAUGUGCUGAGGGGUACGGCACUACCUGCCCAACCCAUUGUGCUAUCACUGGUGUAUUGUGCCCCCCCCCCUAUUAUGUGCUGAGGGGUACGGCACUACCUGCCCAUCCCAUUGUGCUAUCACUGGUGUAUUGUGCCCCCCCCAUUAUGUGCUGAGGGGUACGGCACUACCUGCCCAUCCCAUUGUGCUAUCACUGGUGUAUUGUGCCCCCCCAUUAUGUGCUGAGGGGUACGGCACUACCUGCCCAUCCCAUUGUGCUAUCACUGGUGUAUUGUGCCCCCCCCAUUAUGUGCUGAGGGGUACGGCACUACCUGCCCAUCCCAUUGUGCUAUCACUGGUGUAUUGUGCCCCCCCAUUAUGUGCUGAGGGGUAAGGCACUACCUGCCCAACCCAUUGUGCUAUCACUGGUGUAUUGUGCCCCCCCCAUUAUGUGCUGAGGGGUACGGCACUACCUGCCCAACCCAUUGUGCUAUCACUGGUGUAUUGUGCCCCCCCAUUAUGUGCUGAGGGGUAAGGCACUACCUGCCCAACCCAUUGUGCUAUCACUGGUGUAUUGUGCCCCCCCCAUUAUGUGCUGAGGGGUACGGCACUACCUGCCCAACCCAUUGUGCUAUCACUGGUGUAUUGUGGGCCUGUAAGAUAUUUUGGGGGUGGGAUCAGCUACUUGCCCCACCCAUAGUGGCACCCUGCUAUAGUUUCCCAUUGUGGGUUAUACCUCUGCCCGGCCCAUUGUGCCCCCUGUAAAUGAUCAUAUGCCAAGGGUUGCACCGGUGCCCCGCCCAUUGUGGCAUCCCUGAUGCACUUACCCAGCGCCAUGGGACCUGUCCUGCCCCCCCAGCAGUGUGUGGCCCCUGAGCAGUAGGGGGAGGUUUGGGCUCCCAGGAAUGGUGGCGCUUUGCACUUUCAUGUAUAUAGGAUUUCUGUAAUAUAUUCAUUGUUGUUCCUCUGGUUCUGGGGGGGAACAUGGGAUCUGGGGGGGCCCAAAUCACUAACUGGCAAGUCUGUCCCUGCAGUUGGUCACUUUUCCACAUUGAGACCCAGCAGAAGGGAGAGAAUCGGGUACCUCUGCCCUGAAUACCCCCCCAGCCCGUAUGGGACCUACCCUCAGGGCCUGUGAUUAGCUGAUUGGCUGGGAGGCUUGAUGAUAAGUUGCCCUCUUGCACUUUUGCCCAAUGUAAAUAGUAAAUGACCCUUGGGUGUUGUUAUUCCCAGCUGAUUAAACCCCCCCCCCAGCAAGGCCAGAGGAACCACAACCAUUGUAUCACAUUGUGUAACAGGAGGAAUGUGCUGUAAAUCUGUAUAAAUAAUAAUAAACUGAUUGAUACACAA